AUGGACAUCAACAUUGGGGGAGGCCUGCACGACAUCUUGAGCGACGUCGGCUUCUGCAAUACUCUCUUCCAGUGCCUCAACUUGCUCCCUGGAAGCAGGCGCUGGCUGGCGCCUGUUUGCUCAAGUUGGGUGUUCAUGUCUCGAGGAUCCACUGGCCGCACACGUGAGCAACCACUAGGUUGGGUUGAAUACAAGAGCGUCGCUGACGCAAACAUUAUGGUUGCUCGUGCGGUGAUCAUUCUCAUGAUAUGCCAGGCAAAGAGGGUCUGGUGGUGCCUUGAACAGCCUUGCAACUCCCUACUUGAACAUCAUCCGAUGUUCCAGAAGUUCUUGAACAUGGAAGGAGUGAAUGUCCAACGUCUUUCUACAAAACUCCUAUGGUUUGGAGGCCCAACUGCCAAGCCGACCUGGAUUUAUUCAAGCAUCGAUGAACUGCAGCUUCUCGCCAACAAGUCUGCUCUGCCUCAGUCAGAGGCAGUCGAGAUGGCAGUGACUUACACUGACGGCUCUGGCAAAAAGCGGGCGAAGGGAGGGAAGGACUUGAAGUCCAGCCAGUCCUAUCCCACAAGGUUAGGAACUUCGAUGGCACGGGUGAGGACCAAGUUCGCAAAAGCUCACCGAUUGGCAGCCCGCUCUUUCUUGAGGAAGGCUUUACUUUUGAAGGGCCAAAAGUUGGUAGACUGCAGCGCAAAAACCCACGGAGAAUGGGUCAAGUCAGCCAACCUGCAGCCAAUCCUAGAUUAUCUUUCCAAGUAG